AUGAGUGGACGUCGAGGAAGGCAGCCGACACGCGCCCAAGGCAACCGGGCAAUUCUUGCUCCAGGUCCUGAUCCCAUUCCGGAGCCUGCACCUGUAUCUAACCCUACACCACCCCCAGCAUCGCCUACUCCUACAAAUUCAGUGGCAGAGUUGCGCCAAGAGGUUAGUGAGUUGAGGGGCACGAUGGCUUCCAUGUUGAGGCAUUUCGAGGAAUUCAUGGCCCAUCAGGGCAGGCCAGGACAGGCGCCGCCGGUAGCAGGGAAUGAGCCAGUCUUACAAGAAAAUGUUAGUGGUCAGACGUCGAACCCAGUGCAGCAGGAGGUUGAGCCUCAGGGUAUGGAUGGUAAUGCUGGCAGUCAGUUGGUGAGGAACUUCAUGGCACUCAGGUCAUCGGAAUUCAGAGGGGGAAAUGACGUUCUGGUUGCAGAAGAGUGGCUGAUGGCAAUAGAGAAACAUCUGCGGACCAUAGGAUGCACUGAUGCACAGAAGGUACAACUGGCCACAUACCUACUUCGGGGAGCAGCUGAGAGGUGGUGGGAGACGGCCAGACUGCGAUUCAGGAACAGGGAGCCAUCUUGGGCUGAAUUUAGGGAGCUCUUCAACUCCAAUUAUUUUCCCGCCUGGGUUCGUAGCCAGAAGACAUACGAGUUCAUCGAGUUGACCCAGGGCAACAUGUCAGUGGCUCAGUAUGAGGAGAAGUUCACCUCAAUAGCACGCUUUGCCCCCGAGUUAGUAGACACUGAUGAGAAGAAAGCGACCAAGUUCUUGAGAGGGUUGCGAGUGGAGAUUCGAUUUCAGCUGGCAGGUGCGCAGUUCACUGACUAUUCUACACUGGUACAUCGGGCAUACAUCAUUGAGAGGGAGAGGAGCGAGCUGAGAGCAGCCCUGACAGCUACUAGGGGGUCAGGCUCAGCCCAGGGACAAGGCAAUGACAGGAAGAGGAAGGGUGCACCAGGGCCUUCGAGAGGCACGCCAGACAUCCCCCCAUGCAAGACAUGUGGAAAGAGGCAUCGUGACCCAUGCCGCUAUGACAGAGGGGUGACAUGUUACACUUGUGGUCAGGCGGGGCACGUACAGAGGGACUGCCCUCAGGGGUCAGGUAGAGCAGGCAGCCAGGAGGUGACAUGUUUUAAAUGUGGGCGCAAGGGCCAUAAGGCCAACGUUUGUUCAGUGCCACCCCAGCGAGGAGGCCAAAGGCCGGGGUAUCAGAGUGAUAGAUCUGGGCAGAGGCAGUCAGUGCCUAGACUUCAGGGGAUGGCACCAUCAUUGGCACUACCAUCAGGACAGAGCACCGCAGAUGCUAAUAGACCCCACAUCCAGGGGCGAGUGUUCGCCUUGACUACAGCUGAAGCAGAGCAAGGGAAGGACACAGUGCAAGGUAUCUUAUCCUUAUAUGAUAUUGAUGUUUGUGUUUUAUUUGAUACGGGAUCCACACACUCUUUUGUUGCACCUCGGGUGGUAUGUCAUAUUUCAAUUUCCAAUACAUUGUUACCAUAUUAUUUGAUUGUAACUACUCCGGGAGAUACGAAAAUGGUGGGUAGUGAGGUGUAUAGGGAUUGUAAAAUCAUAGUGCACGAUAAGGAGUUUCCGGGGAAUUUGGUGGUGCUAGACAUAAAAGAUUUUGAUCUUAUUUUGGGCAUGGACUGGCUAUCCUAA